AUGAAUACACACAGGGGAUCCCUGAUCCCUCGGGAAGUGGAGACUCCAAAGGAGUUGCAGCUACGGGUGGUUCCUUUGGAGCUGAAGUUCCAGGACACCGUGGCGGGGAAGGUGUACCGCCAGUCAAUUACUCUUCACAAUCUUGGCCGCAGCAACCAGAAGAUCCGGUUUCUGGAGCCGAUCAACCAACAGUUCAAAGUGAUUUUCCCUAGUAUGGAGAAAGAACUUGCUUCAGGACUUCAUAUUACAGCUAUGGUGGAAUAUCAUCCAAGUAAAAAUGAAAACACUUUUGACCAACUAUAUAUUAUCGUAGGAAACAAAGCAAUAGAGAUCCCUCUUACUGGGUUGAUUCCAUGCUGUGAUUUGGAAAUUGAGCCAGAAGUUAAUUUUGGGACUUUGGUUGCCAAUAGUAAAGUGCAUUGUAAAGAGGUUAGAAUCACUAAUCAUGGCAAGGUUCAAGGUAUGUUUACCAUGGAAUACCGGGGCCCAUUACCAAUUGUCAUUUCUCCAACUAAUGGUGUCGUGGAGCCCAAGUCCUCAAAGACUGUUAAAGUGGAUUUCUGUGCAGACCAGAUCAGAGUUGUAAAUGAAGUGGCAAAAGUGAGAUUGCAAGGUCGUCCACCCAUGCUCGUGAAUAUCAAAGUUCAUGUGGUUGAACAGAUUAUUGAACUAUUAAACAUAAAUGAUAAUACAAAGGUGGAAUGCAUUCGUUUUGGCUGUAUUUACUUUGGAACAUCAAAGAUUGAACAUGCACUUCUAUACAAUAAUAGCCCAGAAUCUGUAAAUUGGGUGGCUGUAAUACAAAAUGAUUCUGUUGGAGAAGAAUUGGGUACAAAUACUCAACAAAGAACAGAUGUUGCUAUACAUAAUCUCACCUACUUCAGACAAAUAAAGAACAUAGAUGUUACCACUUUUAUCUCCUGUUUUCCUAAUGAAGGGACUUUACUGCCUUAUCAAAAGAUUAAAAUUACAUUUUGUUUCAGCCCAAAGAUAACCGGCGAUCACAGAAUGGAUGAUGAUCCUGCACACAGGCAAGACUAUGCUGUCUUUUUGAGAUUUGACACUGUAGGAAGUAAGGAUGGGUUUUUGAGAGAUGAUAACACUAAAGCCAACAAAACUGAUCGAUUUGAGAAAUUGGAAUUAGCGCUAACAGGCUCAGGACUUCCUGUUGUACUACAGUUUGAUUUAGGAAGCAUUAUUAAUUUUGCACCUUGUUCCAUGGGUGAACGGUCAGAGGUUGCAUUUAUUAUGGAAAAUCGCAGCAAAUUGCUUCCUGUGAUAUACCGCUUUAAAAAAAUUGCAAAUUUUAGAAUUGACCCUGAAAGGGGCAAGCUUGGUGAAAAAUGUAUGCAGAAAGUGAUAUGCUCAUUCAUUCCACACCAGUAUGGAGUCUUUAAAGUGAAGCAGUUCAUAGAGUUUAUUGGCCCAGUGGCAGAUAAAAGUUGUCAUUCUUUAUCACUAAAGCCUUUUCAUCAAAUAUAUUUAAUAUUCAAGAGUACCUGCAGAGCUUCCACCAAGCACAUUGCGAUGAAAAUUAAUCCUGGCAUACCCCCUUCAACCAGUAAUUCUACAGAACAGACUAUGGUCAAAGAUUUGGUAAAAAGCAAGGAAUGUGCACCUCUUGCAAUACUUCCAUCAGCCAAAACAACCAUUCAGAGUCAUCGCUUGAGUACAGAGCCCGUGAAGGUGGUGCAGAUACCCUUUCCCAAUGAGCAAGCUGCAAGUAUCAGGCCCAGAAAGCAGGAUAAACAGUUCAGGAAAAUUUCCACAUUGAGACCAAGACUGAGCUAUGUGGAUCCUGAAUAUACAUAUACUAAUUCUGAACUCUUAAAAAAGAAAGCAAAUGAGGACUAUUAUAAAAAAUACAUUGAUUAUUUAAGAAAUAGGCGCCUGCAGAAACAAGGAGAAAGAAAAGACGAGGAUUCAUAUGACGAUGAAGACAUAAGAUUAGACCCAAAGUCAGGUCUAAAGUCACCCUCACUCUCAGAAUCGGAAAUAGAAGAGGACCCAUCUCCAGCAGAUUGUGAGCCUGAACCUUACCAACUGCUAUGUACCAGAAAUAUGGAAUCCAGGGAAACAAAUGCUCUAGAAAGGAAGGUUCUCAAAAGACUUAAGUCGAAACCGUCCACACCUAAUGAAAUACGUGACUGCAGCUUAAGGUUGACACCAAGGCAAAUUCACCAAGUAAUCGUUGGGCCCUCUGUCCUUAAUUUUGGUGACAUUUGUGUGCACUCCAUAAAUAUUCACAAACUGCAUGUUGUUAAUAUGCUACCAAGGCAUGUUUUGAUCAAGUUAGAUGUUAAUCUGAAAGAACUUCAAAAAACCAAACAAUUUUCAUAUGUGAUUCCACCUUCAUCCAGCACUUAUAUUUCAAUGAUUUUUCACUCUCCCACUGCUGGAAAAUAUUGGAAGUCUUUCACCUUUACAGUGAACAGUAUACCUGGGGGGCACCUCCUAGUGAUGGCGGUUGUCAUGCCAGUGAGACUUGAGCUAUCUUCUAACCAGCUAGUGUUAAAACCACAUGGCUUCUUGUUACAGACAUAUUUUAGAGGGACAGUUAACUUGUCUAAUCAUCAGAAUUAUUUGGUUCGCUUUCAAUGGAUGCCAGUAAACACAGAAAAAGGAAUAGCAUUUUCUAUGUGUCCAGCACAAGGCACUGUGGAUCCAUUCUCCUCACUGGAAUGUGAAGUGACGUGGCAUCCUGGUUUCAGUUCUCCACAAAAGGGACAAUUUGUUCUUCACAUUGAUGAAGGAAGCACGAUGAUACUAAACUGUGCUGUAAAAGUGGGUGAAGCCAAGGUCUUAUUUUUGGAGCCAAGAAUACUCUUCUACGAUAGCCCUCAAGGUUUAACAACUUGGAGGAAAAUUGUUCUUCAUAAUGUAGGACAAACCCAUGCUUUUUACAAGGUUCGCAGAAACAGUCUUGUGUCUGUGCUUAAUAUUGUUCCACCAGAAGGGAUAAUUCCAUUUGGGGGGCUCAGUACCAUUUAUAUGACCUACACACCUAACACAACAGACAAAUUUCAAGCAAGAGUAAAGAUUGCUAUUCGCCGUGGAAGUGAUGUAGAAAUUAGGGUUAGUGGAAGUGCUGAAGUUGCUGAUGUCGAAAUCAAACCGAACGUAUUUUUCUUCAGUGGAACCUUUAUUGGUGGUACCCAGGUUAUUCCAUUUAUAGUCAAAAACAAAACUAUAACACGUGUCAGAGUGGAGUUUAAUUUAGAAGGCCGUCCUCGUUUUUCAAUGAUUUUUAAAAAUGAAGCAGGGAACUACACAGACCCUGAUAAUCCUAAACUGUAUUGUACAGAGAUAGAAGGAAAGAAAUCUAUGCAAUGUGGCAUGGCAUUUUCUCCCGAUGAAGUGAGAGUAUAUGAAUUUUGCUUUCAAGUUCGAAUUAAUUUCUAUGAAUCUUCAGAACUAUACACUGAAUAUCAUGUGUUAAAUGCUCCUAUACCUCCAAAUACAGUACCACUUAUUCAACCAUGUUAUGUUCAAGCUGUUGUAUUGCAAGCACCAGUGAAAUUAUCCAAGAAUGAAUUUACAUUUAAUAUCGUGCCAAGUACUGUGAAUACCAUGGAAAAUGUCAGAAAAACUCAGAAGUUUUCCUUACGUAAUUUGUCAAAAAGAAAUGUGGAUUGGGCUUUCAAUAUUAGUAAAAGUGGCAAACUUUUCAAAGAUGGAGUAUUCACAUUUAGUGAACUGAGUGGGACUCUGAAACCAUAUGAACAGUACAAUGUUUCCAUAACGUUUUGUCCAGAUCGUCCUACAAAAUACACAGCUGACAUUCCUGUACAUUUAAAUAACAACCCAACUUGCUAUCAAGUGAUUCACCUGACUGGGGAGAUAAAAUCGCCCAAGUUAUUGUUUGACCCUCCGUACAUAUUUUUCACCUCUGUUCCUUUGGAAGUAGCAGCUGUGAUGAAUGUCAAGAUUUUACCUCAAAAUUAUUACAGUCCCAAAGGCAAAACCAUCAAAGGCUCUCCCAGUGGGAUCAACGCUGAGCUUACCUGCCAAGUCAGCUUCCAGGCAUCUAAACCUGUGUCAUUUUUCACCAAUAUUGUUUUCAAUGACAACACAGAUAACGGGUUUUCAUUACCGGUUACUGGCACAGCAGAAAACUGCAUUCUUACUAUUUACCCACAUCUGGCAAUUUAUCUUAAUAAUAAUAACCCUAUAUUAUACAAUUGUGAAUUGGAACCGUCAUCUGAAGCAUUGAACUUGGAAGAAAGUGACUCAAAGGAAGGUGAAAGUUUGAUGGAAAGCGAGGAGGAAGUUCAGCAAUGUUUUCCUGAACCAGGAACAGAGACGUACAAGUUCUUUCAGCAGGUUGUAAAUGCAGCUCAGACCUGGUUCAGCCUCUUUGGCUGGCCUGGAGGACCACAUACUUUUUCUAUACCAGAGAGUAUAAGAAGGGAUGUGUGUAAAAUACAAACCCACACAGGACUCCUAUCACAUGAAGACAUUCCCAAACCAAGUGACUCUUUAAAAUAUAAUAAAACUAUUUAUGAUGUGAUACGCCACUUGAGUGGAAAAAUGCCAGAAGGAGUUCAUCCUAGUCAGUCUUUACCCGAGGACCACACUGAAAGAGUGAUUCAACUUUAUAAGCAACAUUCCUCAGUUCUUAACUUUCUCAGUGCAAAAGGAGCAUAUAUUGCUCAUAUAUUGCCAGAAUUUCUAUUUGAACCAGAAGAUUAUAAGAAGUGGAUUGAACUUAGAUCUUCUGCUCCUGAUACCUUGCUGAUGUAUUCCCCUAUACCAAAGGAAACGCAACGUUUUACUAUAGAUAUGGCCAUUUUUGAAAACUGGAGUAAACGGGCAUGGACAGAUUUAUUCCUUCAACUAUACAAGGUUCUGAUACUAACUCGGGUUGUACCACACAGUGGUAAAGAUUUGCCCCCUAUACAUUUGUGUGAUUCACCAAAAGUCAAUCCUUCUUUUGAAUAUAGCAACAUUUAUUCUGACUAUGAAAAAAUUCUGCUCAGUUGGCUGAACACAUAUUAUGAGAAUACCCGAAAUAUUAUAUGGCAAAACUGUAACAAAGAUUGUGUUCCCAAGGAAAGAUGGAUAUUAAAUUUUGACACAGACCUUUCAGAUGGCCUUGUUUUUGCCACACUGUUGGGAGGCUAUUGCCCAUUUCUGAUUGAGCGUUAUUUUGUAAGUAUGUACACACGACCAAGAACUAUUGAACAGGUUUUUCACAAUUCCCUAAUGGUUGUGAAUAGCCUUCUUGAAAUUGGCCUUACCAUGGGCAUAAAGGCUACUGACAUCUGUGACCCUAAUCCAAUCCUGAUGCUCAUGUUUUGUGUCUUCUUAUAUGAAAAACUCCCUCAAUUUGUCCCCAAGGAAAUGGUGAUCUUUAAUUGUACUCUGCAUGAAACUAUGAUAAAAACGAUUAAAGUGCGAAAUUCAAGCCGUAAAGCCAUAGUAUAUAAAAUGACAUUUAUUGGAAGAGAUGCCACUGAUUUCUCCCUUCACAUGUCAAAGGAUGUUGUGGCAAUUCCUGCAGGAGGCCACAUCAUUGUCACUGUGCAAUUCGCUAGUCGCUUCCUUCAUCCCGCUGAAGCUUCACUGAUGUUACUUUCAAAAUCUAAGCUUGAAGUCGGAGGCACUGCAAUAGUUUAUGCCCUUAAAGGUGAAGUCCACGAAUUUCAUCCUAUUGAAACUAUAAAAUGCAAAACUCCAUGUUAUCAAUGGAAAGACAUCACUGUGAAUGUUACAAACCCCUUCCAUACUGCUGGGGACUUCAAUGUCAUUGUGGUGGAAUCCUCAACACUCAUCUCCUUGACAUCCAAAUUAAAUGCAUCUAGACAAUUCAUUAGCCAAAGGAAUCAGAGCUAUGAAGAUGAUACUUCAGAGGACUAUUAUCGAGCCCCCAAAAUCUUAAAAACCUCAAUUAGGUCCAGUUUUAUCAGAGAGUUCUUCUGCUCCCCAACUAUCCACCUAAGAGCGAAAGAGCCUUCCAGAUUGGUGCUCUCCUUUGUUCCCUUUGACAUGCAGAAACGCUACUGUGUCAUCAUUCUCAGCAACAGGGAGAUUGGAGAAUUAAUAUACGCUGUGGAAGGAAGAGUUACAGUCCCAUUGCCUUCCCGCCUGCCUAUAAGGACUGCCUCACUUUUACAGAGUAAUAAGUACAAAUACCCUCCAGAAGAUUUUAAUGGGGAAGAUUCAGUUCUGUAUUUGAAAUGCAAACCCAGAGAAACAAUGGAUGUGGAGCUCAUAUUACCACUGACUAACGAGGCCAAGGAAAAGGCAUUGGCCUUUGCAGCACAGAGGCAGAUGUCCGAUGUAGAGUACCAGCGAAGGCUGCUCACCGGCACUCUGGAGAGUAGUAGCAUCCGUGUGGCCAUCGCCCUCCUGGGGCUGACCAGGGUUGAGACUUCGAGGCUCUUUAAUAUCUCAAAGUUAAAGCAGCCUAAGUUCAUUUCAUACGUAACAAGUGUGAGCCUUCCAGGAUAUUUUGAAGUCCCCAAGGAAAUCUACAUUCCUCAGCAUCCAGAAAUUCAAACUGAAGGGCGUAAAUCUGCAAUUCCAGAUGGAUCUUUUGUAAUUUCCUUACGAUUUACUCCUGCACCUCCUGGACGCUACCCUUGCCAAAUUUUGUUGGUGUCAAACUAUGAUGUACGUCUGUAUUAUGUUGAAGGUGUGGUGGCUGAUGAGUAUCCAGCCGCUGGAAUUAAAUUUGAAACACCCACAUUUCAAGCCCUUACCCAGAAAAUUCCAAUAACUAAUAAAACCAAGAAGGAAUGCAAAUAUCGUGUGACUAUAGAAGGAGAAACAUUUGAUGGACCUCCUGAAGUAUCUGUUAAACCAGGAGAAACUUUAGAGUACCCUCUCACAUUCAAACCUGUUUUGGAACGUGAGUUUAUGGGCACACUUACUGUAGAAAAUAAAAUAGAUGGUAUGGAGCAUAUCUUUGCCUUGAAAGGGAUUGGCAAAAGACCCGUGGCCUUGGAACGCAUCGUUGCAAACUGUAAUGUGGGGGUCCAAGAAAAUAGAACCAUAAUGGUGCCUAAUUAUGAAAAGGACAUGGUAAUAUACAAGGUAUCUUCAAAUCUUCCAAUACUGUGGGGAGAAAGACAAAUCACCAUAGAGCCUGCUGAUAGAGUUCCAUAUGUUGUACACAUAAGGUCUUUGAAAAGUGGAAUAUUCAAAGGUAAACUUGUAUUUUCCAUUAAAAGCAGUGAAGAUGAUGAUUCUGACAGUGAUUCAGUUCUAGGACAAGAUCAAGAGCAAGAGCAAAUUCAGAGUCAAGCUAUAGUACCUGUUCUUUGGAAAACAAUGUCAGAAAUAUACCAAAAGCUUGAUGAGGAAGACCCAGGUGAUGUUAGAAAUUUGCGAGUCUGGUAUGAUUUUGAAAUCCAUAUUCAUCCUGAGGGACCUGUACACAUUAUUGAAAUAAACUGUACUGCUUUGGAAAGUGUUUGGUUUGAAAUACCUCUCCGUAAUGUAAAAGAGAUAAGUCUUCAGAUACAAGUGAAGUUUUCAACUCCUGCCCUUAGUGGACUCAGGGAAUUUGUGAUGAAUUCACAAGAUUGUAUCGACUAUGCUGUAUGCUAUAUUCCAUCAGCUGUAGGCUGUAAAAGUGAAAGCAUUAUUUUUCAGCCUGAUAAGGCUCUAGAGUUCUGGUAUUUACUGAAAUUUACUGUCGAAUUACCAAAACCAACCAUAAUGCCAGAAGUGCAGUGUGACCUUGGAAAGUACACCAUUCAGACCAUAUCUUUAGUUAAUCCUACACAUGAAACCUUAAAAUUGCAAGUAAGAAGCAGUAAUCCUUUUAAUUUUAUCCUGGAAGCUCACAAACCACCACUGAUCAUACCUCCUAACUGCACCGAAGAGGUACCCGUCCGCUAUCGUCCUUCUGUUCUUGGCAGAACUGGUCAGCAAGCUUCUAUUAUCUUCCACUGUGCUCAGUUUAAAGAAUGGGAGUUCCUCCUUUCUGGAGUAGGACUAUUUCCCCAGCCGCUUGAAAUAGAAACAAUGACCACGUUCCUUAAUAGAGUGGCAAUCACUGUUAUAACUUUCGAAAAUCCCACCAAGGAAAAUGUUUUUGUCGAUGUCCUACUAACAAGUCGGCAAAUGCCCAAGAAUGUCAUCCUUGGCAUUAAGUGCGAUAGCUUCCUCAUUGAGACUCCUGUCUUCAGUCUUAAGUUGAGUCCCACACGAGGAAUACCAUUGCCUCCUAGAGGGAUUAUUGAUAUCCCCGUGCUUUUUACUCCCAGCAUUGUAAAAUUAAAGAAAACAAUGCUCGUUGUUCAAAUGAUAAGGGCCAAUGGGGAAAAAUGGCCUAUUGACAAUUUUGAUGAAUUGAGUACAGACAUGAAAAGAAUUAUUGGAGUAGACAGUGGAGAAGUCCAAGCAAUACGAUGGAUAUACCCUAUUAUUGGACUCCCAGAGGCGAAACAUGAAGGGUUCAUUCCAGUUGUCAUACAAUGUCAGGCCAAGAAACGGGUAAAAGAGAAGGUACAGGUCGCACUGGCUGGUGAUUUUUCAGGAAGCAAUCCUAUCUUACGUAAAUCAGAUUUUGCAGUGUUUGCAAAAAAACGUUCAUACUCAUCUUAUGAAGAUGUUGAUGUUCUGCCUUUAAAACGUGAAUUUGAAUAUGAACUUAUAUUUAAAUCUGAAAAAAUGAAGUCUGAGUUAAAGCCCUGCGUGACUAUAUCUAUGACAAAGAAAUGUUAUGAUAUCAAGACUCAGAUGAUAACAUUGGAGUUUAACCUGGUAUUUUCACCAAAGAAACCAUUGAGGUCUCAAGUUAUACUGAGGAUAGAGUGCAAAACGGAUGGGGUCUGGAACUUUCCCAUAACAUUGAUUGCUACUGAGCCUGAUGUGGAUGGUGUUAUUAAUGUUGCAGGGACUCGUUUAUUGAAGGAAGCUGUUACUAAAUUAUGGCUGUCAGGUGGGAAAAGAUGUGCUGAUCCAUUCACUGCAUACUUCCUACCUGGUAGUGAUCCUGAGUUUUUCGUAAAACCUCAGGCUGGAGAAAUUCCCCCUAGUGACACUGAUAGAGUUGUCCUCACUGUGGGUUAUACACCCAAAACAUAUGGUAGAAACUACAGAGCAAAAUUAGUAAUACAGACAGAGGAUAUGUACUAUUUGUAUGCUGUCAAUGGAUUUCCUGAAGUCAUUGGGCCACCAAUGAAUGUAAAAGCCAAAAUUGACACAACUAACAAGAAGUUUGAUGAAAGGCCAAUUCAUCGGCAAAAUUUCAUCACUGAAAAUGCUAAGCUCCUAAGUACGGGGGUGUCAUCUACCAUCAAGGGUGCCCCUUUGAUGCUGAAGAAAAAAUAA